CCCGGGGCGAGGACACCUGGGUCCCUCGGAGUGUCGGCAGACAUGACUGGGUCUGGUGGGGGCCUCAGGGCCUGCGGGUCCCUGCUGCUGCUGGGCCUGUGCAUCUGGACCGGGGCCAGGGCAGCCGACCCCAAUGCCGUCAACAACCUGAGGGUGCAGACACAGACUAAUAGCUCCAUCAGCCUGAGCUGGGACGCCCCUGAAGGCUCAAACCCGAACUACACCUACUGGGUCCAGUGGGCCCAACCGGGAGACAAAAAUGAGAAUCGAUCCACGAAAGACACCAAUUACACAGUGGAGGAACUCGAACCCGAGUCCUGGUAUGAAUUCUCCGUGAGGGUGGAGGCAGACGGUGUCCAGAGCUUCCCCCAGACCCUCAGUGCGGCCACAGCCCCCAACCCGGUCAGGAACCUGCGUGUGGUGACGCAGACCAACAGCUCCAUCAGCCUGAGCUGGGAGGCCCCUAACAGCACAAACCCUCAGAACUACACCUACUGCGUCCAGUGGCCUGGGCAUGGGGACAAAAAUGAGAGCCGAAACACAACAGACACCAGUUUCACCGUGGACGAACUCCAGUCGGCGUCCUCCUAUGAGUUUUCCGAGUGGGCGGAGAAGAACAGAGUCCCCAGCUCCAUGGAGACCCUCGAGGGCUACACAGCCCCCAACUCCGUCCGGAACCUGAGUGUGGAGACGCAGACCAACAGCUCCAUCAGCCUGAGCUGGGCGGUGCCCGACGGCCCUGACCUUCUGAACUACACCUACCGGGUCCAGUGGGCAGGUGGCAGUGACGGAACUAAGAACCACAGCACGGUCGACACCCGCUACACUGUGGAGAAACUGGAACCCGGGACCUUGUACCAGGUCUCUGUGCGGGCGGAGAAGCAUGGAGUCGCCGGCUCCUGGGAGAACCGCAGCAUCUCCACAGCCCCCAACUCCGUCCGGAACCUGAGUGUGGAGACGCAGACCAACAGCUCCAUCAGCCUGAGCUGGGCGGUGCCCGACGGCCCUGACCUUCUGAACUACACCUACCGGGUCCAGUGGGCAGGUGGCAGUGACGGAACUAAGAACCACAGCACGGUCGACACCCGCUCCACUGUGGAGAAACUGGAACCCGGGACCUUGUACCAGGUCUCUGUGCGGGCGGAGAAGCAUGGAGUCGCCGGCUCCUGGGAGAACCGCAGCAUCUCCACAGCCCCCAACUCUGUCCGGAACCUGAGUGUGGAGACGCAGACCAACAGCUUCAUCAGCCUGAGCUGGGAGGUGCCCGACGGCCCUGACCUUCUGAACUACACCUACCGGGUCCAGUGGGCAGGUGGCAGUGACGGAACUAAGAACCACAGCACGGUCGACACCCGCUACACUGUGGAGAAACUGGAACCUGGGACCUUGUACCAGGUCUCUGUGCGGGCGGAGAAGCAUGGAGUCGCCGGCUCCUGGGAGAACCGCAGCAUCUCCACAGCCCCCAACUCCGUCCGGAACCUCAGUGUGGAGACGCAGACCAACAGCUCCAUCAGCCUGAGCUGGGAGGUGCCCGACGGCCCUGGCCUUCUGAGCUACACCUACUGGGUCCAGUGGGCAGGUGGCAGUGACGGAACUAAGAACCACAGCACGGUCGACACCCGCUACACUGUGGAGAAACUGGAACCCGGGACCUUGUACCAGGUCUCUGUGCGGGCGGAGAAGCAUGGAGUCGCCGGCUCCUGGGAGAACCGCAGCAUCUCCACAGCCCCCAACUCUGUCCGGAACCUCAGUGUGGAGACGCAGACCAACAGCUCCAUCACCCUGAGCUGGGCGGUGCCCAACGGCCCUGACCAUCUGAGCUACACCUACUGGGUCCAGUGGGCAGGUGGCAGUGACGGAACUAAGAACCACAGCACAGUCGACACCCGCUCCACUGUGGAGAAACUGGAACCCGGGACCUUGUACCAGGUCUCUGUGCGGGCGGAGAAGCAUGGAGUCGCCGGCUCCUGGGAGAACCGCAGCAUCUCCACAGCCCCCAACUCCGUCCGGAACCUCAGUGUGGAGACGCAGACCAACAGCUCCAUCAGCCUGAGCUGGGCGGUGCCCGACGGCCCUGACCUUCUGAACUACACCUACUGGGUCCAGUGGGCAGGUGGCAGUGACGGAACUAAGAACCACAGCACGGUCGACACCCGCUCCACUGUGGAGAAACUGGAACCCGGGACCUUGUACCAGGUCUCUGUGCGGGCGGAGAAGCAUGAAGUCGCCGGCUCCUGGGAGAACCGCAGCAUCUCCACAGUCCCCAAUGCAGUGAGAAGUCUCAGGAUACAGAACCAGUCCACCAGCUCCAUCACCCUGAGCUGGAUCGCUCCUCAGGGGCCAGAUCACCCUCCCUACACCUACUUGGUCUCAUGCACCCCGGAGAGUGGUACCCUGCAGUCCUACAGCACCACCGAGACCAAGAUGACCCUGACGCAAGUGGAAGCCGGGAGCCUAUACACCUUUACCAUCCGGGCAGAGAGGAAUAGGAUCAGGGGUGCCGAAAAGACCCUCAUGGGGGCCACUGCUCCCAGCAUGGUCACAGGGCUACAGAAAGACCAUCAGACCAACAGCUCGAUCACCCUGCGGUGGGUGGCCCCUGCAGACCCCUGCUCUCACCUCUACCUGUACUCCGUCCGGUGGGCCGGGGGAGGACACCCCCAGAGGGAACAAGACCCCCAAGGACAUGGGGCCGACGAGACACACAAGACCAAUGAGACCUGGUAUGUGGUAAAGGCUCUGGAACCCGGCACUCUGUACAACUUCAGCGUGUGGGCAGAGAGGAGCGAUGUAGCCAGCGCCACACAGAGCCUCCGAGCGUCCACAGACCCGGACCCGGUCAUCAUCACCUCCUGUGUCAGCACCUCUGGUGGCUAUGGGAUUAUUCUGACCUGGUCCUGCCCCCUGGGCGGCUAUGAGGCCUUUGAGUUGCAGGUGGGGGGGCAGCUGGGCUCCCAGGACAGAGCCUCCUGCGGGAGGGAUGUGUCCGUGUCGGGUCUCCAGCCAGCUCAGUCCUACUCGGCCACCGUCACGACCCUCUGGGAUGGACUCCGGGCCCCACCUGCCUUCAUCACCUGCCACACCGAGAGCGCAGGGGUCAUCGCUGGGGCCAUUGUCGGGGUCCUCCUGUUCAUCAUCCUGAUGGGCCUGCUGGUUUUCUUCCUGAAGAGGUGAGACUCAAAGAAGAGAGAGAGAGAGAAACAUCGACAACUUUUAUUGAGCUUCCCAGAGGACAUCGCGGCGGCUGACUUUGCUGACCACGUCCGGAGGAAUGAGAAGGACAGCAACUGCGGCUUUGCGGAGGAAUACCAGCACCUGGCCUUGGAGGGCCAGGGCCAGUCUCAGAUGGUGGCUUCGGCUCCUGAGAACGGUCCCAAGAACCGGUACAGAAACGUUCUGCCCUACGACUGGUCCCGCGUGUCCUUGAAGACCGUCGGAGGGGAGCCAGGCUCUGACUACAUCAACGCCAGCUUCGUGCCUGGUCUCUGGAGCUCCCAGGAGUUCAUUGCCACCCAGGGCCCGCUGCCCCAGACGGUGGGUGACUUUUGGCGCAUGGUUUGGGAACAGCAAAGCCGCACCCUGGUCAUGCUGACCAACUGCGUGGAGCUGGGCCGGGUGAAGUGUGAGCAUUAUUGGCCUCUAGACGCCCAGCCCUGCACCCAUGGGCACCUACAAGUGACCCUUGAGGGUGAGGAGGUGAAGGAGAACUGGACAGUCCGAGACCUGAGGCUGCGACAUACACGGGAGCAGAAGACUCUGUCCGUGCGACAGUUCCACUACGUGGCCUGGCCGGACCAUGGUGUCCCCAACUCCCCGGGCCCCUUACUGGCCUUCUGGAAGGUGCUCAGGCGGUGGCUGGACCGGACCCCAGGGGGAGGCCCCCCGAUUGUGCACUGCAGUGCUGGUGUGGGCCGCACGGGCACCCUCAUCGCCCUGGAUGUCCUGCUGCGGCAGCUGGAGUGUGAGGGUGUCGUGGGGCCCUUCAGCUUUGUGAAGAAGAUGCGGGAAAGUCGGCCGCUGAUGGUGCAGACAGAGGCCCAGUACGUGUUCCUGCACCAGUGCAUCCUAUGGUUUCUCCAGCAGUCAUCCCCAGUGCAGACCAAGAAGGAGGUCACGUAUGAGAACCUGGCUUUUGAGAAUGAGGCCGCCAUCCGCGACCACUAUGGGAGCUAAGCUUCAGGGCGCUGAGACCCCAGCCCGGCUAGACUCAAACUCUAGAUCCAGACUUCAGCCCAGAUUCCUGGACUCCGGGGAGAGCAGAGGGCUGGGGCCAAACACUCCCGGCCCUUUGGGAGGAGGGGCUGGCAGUCCUGGGGGAGAGAGGUCAGGUGGGAUCCAGGAUCCUGGUUCCUUGGAAGA